GUUUGAGGCUGUGUAAAGUAGACAGAAAGAAAGAGGGGUGACUGGGAGAAAAGAGUAGAAUAGGAGGGGGUAAAGAGGAGAGACGGAAAAGGAGGCAGAGAUUAUGUGAUCGAGGAAGCAAGAGGCUUGUCUGGGGUGUGGACUUAAAGAGAGGGCAGGGUAAAAGUGGGCAGAUGGGUAGUUUUAAGUGUAUGUGCAUUUAGACUCUUAGUCUGAAAUUAGUAUCGUUGAGAGCAGGAGGAAUUACACUUAAAGAUACAGACAGCCAUCAAACACACAGUCAUCAUGCUGAUUCUCCUCGCUGCCAUCUUUGCCCUUCACAUCAUCUGCAUCAUCCUCCUCCUGGUGGCUACUAUUGACAAUGCCUGGUGGAUGACUGACACUAUUUCCACUGACAUUUGGGCGAGGUGGAUACUGCAAAAUGGAGUGUGGAACUACACCGAUCUUCCCACAGGCGCACACUACCCAAAAGAUUACCUCCAGGCAGUGCAGGCCAGCUCGGUGCUAGCUUGUAUAUUCUCCAUCCUGGGCAUCUUUGUGUUUGUGGCUCAACUCUUCACCCUCAACAAAGGACAGAGGUUCACCAUCUCCGGCAUCUUUCAGUUCCUCGCCUGCCUGUGCAUCAUGAUUGCAGCCUCCAUCUACACAGACCGCUUCCACCUCAUUGAGAAUAACGGCUGGUAUGGUCACUCCUUCAUCCUGGCAUGGAUUGCCUUCGCCCUCACAUUCAUCUCUUCCAUCACUUACUUUGUGUUACGCAAGAAGACAGCGUGAAAAGGACACUAGAGCUUGCUCCAACGAGCCCAAGAUCUUUGGCUGGAAAAUCUGGGUGUAGUUACAGUCUGGUCAGAGUUUAUAUUUGCCUGUUUCGAACAUCAGAUUUGAGCUGCUAGUUUAUAUUCAACUACAGAUAUAGUAGACCUGUUGAUCAUCUCAAAUACAUACUAGUGUUUGAUUGAGUCUGCGUUCAGAUAAUCAGGGUUUCAGACUUUGUGGAGUAUGGGUUAUUUCUGCAGUAAAAGGCAAGCUCAAUCAAUCACUGCCGUAUUUGAUUGUAUUUUCAAUCCAGAGUUUAGCCUGAAUUUCUUGAAGGCAUCUAAGGAUUUAGAAUAUUUUUGUAGUUAUCUGAACAAAAAAAGGCCUAAAUGUUUAUAAGAGGAUAUAAUAAAUUAAGAUCUAACAAUAUCCCUGGCUUGUAACAAAAACAGGUUCAAGAGUAAAAUCUGUGGUCUUUUUUUGUAAUGUACAUUUACAAAUGUAUGUGAGUGUAGGAUAAAAAGGGGCGAGUUUAUGAUUUUAGUAUUUAGUUUUUUCGAUAUUAUAUUGUUAGUAUUGUUAUCUGCUCUGGUCUGACUUUAUGUAAUGUGCCAAUUAAACGAAGUGUAACGACAACAUGAUGCCAUUGAUUUUCAAAAUGCUUGGUAAAUCUGUGCCUGUUUGAAGUCUUAAAAGUCCUCCAUUUAUAUGUCACCUGUUUUGUGUAAUCUUAUGAUAAGACUAUGCAAUAAUAUAUAAAGUGUAAAAAUCACUAAUGUAAAACUGUUAGUUUUCUUGUUAUUUGUGACUAAGAAGACAUCAAACUGGUUUAGUGUUUAAGUAUGAUGCCAAAUCAUAUACUAUAUGGCUCUCAGCCUGCCCAGAAACUAUCACACUAAUAAAGUGAUAUAAAGAGGGACUUUUUUCAUAUACGUCAGAGUAAUGACCCAAAAAGUUAUGAGAAUUGCAAUCAUUUGUGUUCAGCCGAUACAUCUAUUUCAGAGAUGGCCAUUUUGAGUUACACUCAUGUAUGUAUGAAACAUUUUACAUAAAUCAACUAAUCCAUAUCUUGUCUGGCUGUAACCAUAUACCAGUAAUAUAUCAACCUUUCGUAUACUUUAAGCCAAAUCAACUGUUUCAACAUGGUGUGACAGUAAGGUAACUGCUUUGACUCUUAAAGGGUGAGAUAUAAUGUGUAAAUAUGUUUUGUUUCCCAUAAUGCUCCAUAUGUCUAAUGCCGUUUCAUUUUUGCUACCGUUUAUUCUCAUUAUGGAUGAUAAUGACAAUGAUAUUUACAAUAUUAA